AUGUCAUUCAGAUUCGGCCAACAUCUCAUCAAGCCCUCUGUGGUGUUUCUCCGGACAGAACUGUCCUUCGCCCUCGUGAACAGGAAACCUGUGGUCCCAGGACAUGUUCUGGUGUGUCCCCUCCGGCCAGUGGAGCGUUUCCGAGAUCUGCGUCCCGAUGAAGUGGCUGAUCUGUUUCAGGCAACCCAGCGGGUCGGCGCGGUGGUGGAAAAGCAUUUCCAGGGGACUUCUCUUACUUUUGCUAUGCAGGAUGGCCCCGACGCCGGACAGACCGUGAAGCACGUUCACAUCCAUGUUCUGCCCAGGAAGGCUGGAGACUUUCACAGGAAUGACAGCGUCUACGAUGAGCUCCAGAAACAUGACAAAGAGGAGGCAGACUCCCCAGCCCUGUGGAGAUCGGAGGAGGAAAUGGCAGUAGAGGCCGAGGCACUGCGGGCCUACUUCCAGUGA